CACAGCGAAAGGAUCAUGGCGGAUGGCCCCAGGUGUAAGCGCAGAAAACAGGCCAACCCGAGGAGGAAUAACGUAACGAAUUCCAACAAUGUUGUGGAGGCCCAGUCCGACUCUGAUGACGAGGACAAGCUACACAUAGUGGAGGAAGACCCUGAUGGAGACAGCACCGUGCCAGAAGACACCUCAGCAGUAUUACCCCAGAACGGGACAGAGACGCACCAAGACACCUGGGAUGGAGUGAAGGAGGAGUGUGGCUCAGAAGAGGAGGAGGAGGAGGAGGAGGAGGAGGAAGAGGAGGAGGGAAAGGAUGCUCUGGUAGAGGAGAUGCUCCAGCAGGGAGACACGGCGGUCAUCUACCCCGAGGCUCCAGAUGACAAACAGAAAAGCACGCCUGAGAGAGGGGUCCCAGAGAAGAACGUCCCAGGCACGCCAGACACCCUCUCUCAGCUCCUGACCUGUCCGUACUGCUCACGGGGCUACAAGCGCUACACGGCCCUGAAGGACCACAUCAAGCUACGGCACGAGAAGAGCGAGGACAGCUUCAGCUGCUCCCAGUGCAGCUACACCUUCACCUACCGUACACAGCUGGAUUGUCAUAUGACCCAACACAAGGAUCCUGUACAGCGUCAUGUACCCCAGACCACCACCACCACCACCACAACAACAGGGGGGAACAGGAAGUUCAAGUGUACUGAGUGUUCCAAGGCUUUUAAAUAUAAGCACCACCUGAAGGAGCACCUUCGCAUCCACAGCGGAGAGAAGCCAUACGAGUGCCCCAACUGUAAGAAGCGUUUUUCCCACUCAGGGUCCUACAGCUCCCACAUCAGCAGUAAGAAAUGUGUUGGCAUGGUGCCUGUCAACGGCACCCCCCGCCCAGUCAUCAAGGUCUCCAACCAGACCCCCAGCCAGACCCAGCCCUCUGGCCCCACCGCGGCCCCCGUCCGAGUGCUCCUCCGGGGGGAGAAGACAGACGGCAAGCCCCUGCAGGAGCAGCUCCCCCACAACCAGAUAAAAUCUGAGCCAGUGGACUAUGAGUGCAAGCCGGUGGCGGUGGCUCCUAACGGGGCGGCGGGGACUAACGGGACGGUGUUUAACGGCGGCGUGGUGCUACCCCAGGGCAUGGCGUUGCCUCAGGGCAUGGUCCAGGCGGUGGUACUGCCCACCAUGGGUCUAAUGUCUCCAAUCAGUAUUAACCUCAGCGACCUGCAGAACGUGCUCAAGGUGGCCAUGGAUGGGAAUGUGCUGCGUCAGGUGCUGGGGACGGCCAACGGGCUGGUGACCUCCAAGCAGGGGUUUGUGACACAGGCUGGGCAGCAGGUCAUCUCAGCCAUCAGCCUGCCUGGCUUCGUCGACCAGGACGGAACCACCAAGAUCAUCAUUAACUACAGCCUGGAGCCAAGCCCAGCCCAACAGCCCACCGCCCCUCAGCUCCUCAAGAAGGAGGCUCCCCCUCCCACCACCAACACCGCCAGUACCACAAACACACAGCCAGCCUCCAAAGUAACAGAGAAACUCCCCCAGGACCUAAGCAUCGACAAGACCGAGCCGACCGACUCGGAGUGCGAGUCUGAGAAGGAGAAGGAGAAAGAGAUGGAGACGGAGGAGACAGAGACUGAAGCAGAGCAGACUGAAGCUGAGACACCAAAAGCCCAGACAGGCAAGACAGGGUGUCUGCUGUGUGACAACUGUCCUGGUGAUUUGGAUGCACUGCACAUGCUCCAGCAUUGUAAACCUGCCAAUGGGGAGGGAGGUGACGACGGCCCCCUCGACCCCUCCAUCGCCGCCCUCCUGGCCGAGGCAGGGAUAACACCAGGCCAGCACCCUCUAAAGAACCUACUCUCCCUCCUCAAGGCCUACUUCGCCUUAAACGCAGAGCCCACCGAGGAAGAGCUGGCCAAGAUCUCUGACAAAAUCAGCCUGCCCGUGGACGUGGUCAAGAAGUGGUUUGAGAAAAUGCGGUCUGGUCAGAUCACGGUCGGACCCCCUGGUUCCUCUCCAGAUGACUCUGGACUUUCAGAUCCCAGCACAGAGACCCAGGUUGCCCAAGAGAAGAGUGGGACAGAGAUAGAGGAGCAGCCUGCCUCAGCCCAAACACAGGAGAUAUCAUCUUCCCAACCUCCCAGCAGUUCCCCUGCCUCGACCUCCUUGUCCCCCUCGGUCUCAGCCUCGGCCCCCUCACCACUAAACCUCUCCUCCAGCGGCCCGGUCAUCGUGAAGACUGAGGACGACUCGGAGCGCGAGGCUCAAGAUCUUCCCCUGGACCUGUCCCUUCCCAAACAGCCCCAGUCACAGCCCCAGGUCCCCCAUGUCCCCCAGGAGCAGCCCCUCAACCUCACCUGCCUGAAGGAGACACUCCAGCCCCAAGCGCAGCUCCCAGGCUUCCAGGGAACCACCAACACCAUCUACGUCACCUCCUCCCCCCAAACUGCCAUUUCCAGCCCAGUGAACAUCAUGAGCACCCAGCUAGUAGCCAUCACCAACCAGGGCACCGGCACCACCAAACGGACUAUCCUCAUCCCCCAGCUCACCUAUACAUACACUACUACAGCAGCAGGCAGUGGCGCCGCCGGGGCCCAGAAGACCGUCAUACUCAACGGCUGCCAGGAGGAGAAGUCUGCCACCAGCUCAGAGGAGCAGAACAACUCGGACUCUUCCCCUCCGCAGAAGAAGAUGCGUCGGCUAGAGAGCGGGAUGUACGCCUGUGACCUGUGUGACAAGAUCUUCCAGAAGAGCAGCUCCCUGCUCAGGCAUAAAUACGAACACACAGGAAAACGGCCACAUGAGUGCGGCAUCUGCGACAAAGCCUUCAAACACAAGCACCACUUGAUAGAACACACGAGACUGCACUCCGGAGAGAAGCCCUACCGCUGUGACAAGUGUGGCAAGUGUUUCUCCCACUCGGGCUCCUACAGCCAGCACAUGAACCACCGAUACUCCUACUGCAAGAAGGAGCCCCAGGGAGGGCGGCAGGGGGGACGUCAGCUCGGCAUGAGCCCUGAAAUGAGCCCCCAAACAGAGGAGCAGCAGUCAGACAGCCGUCCCACCUCCCCACCUUCCCAACUGGACUCAGACGAGAGGGAGAGUGAGGAAGAGCUGGAGGAAGAGGAGGAGGAAGAGGAGGAGGAGGGCAUGGCGGCCAUGAGCAUGGACGACAUACGGGUGGUGCAAGUCGGUGAGGAUGACGAGGAGAGUGAGAUCUACGAGGUGGAGGAGUUUAGGGAGGAGAGGAAAGAGGAGGAGGAAGAGGAGGAUUGA